AUGCUGAGAUCUACUUUUAGCAGGACACCUGCAUUGCGUCGUCUAUUCUCUCGCGAGGCCACUCCCAAUGAUAGAACAAUUAAGAACUUGAGUUUGCCGGAAAGUACUAAGGUGAUUAUUCAAGGAUUCACCGGGAAACAGGCUACUUUCCAUGCCAAAAUUUCUCAAGAAUACGGCACAAACAUUGUUGGUGGUACCAAUCCUAAGAAGGCUGGACAAAUGCAUUUGGGCCAGCCGGUUUUCGCUAGUGUGAAGGAUGCCAUGAAAGAGACUGGGGCUACUGCUUCUGGGAUUUUUGUUCCACCACCAAUUGCGGCAGCGGCGAUUAAGGAAGCCAUUGAGGCGGAGAUCCCAUUGGCAGUUUGUAUCACUGAGGGUAUUCCACAGCACGACAUGCUAUACGUUGCUGAGAUGUUGAAAUCGCAGGAUAAAACAAGGCUGGUGGGCCCUAAUUGCCCGGGUAUCAUCAAUCCCGGAAGCAAGGUAAGGAUUGGCAUUCAGCCGCCAAAGAUCUUCAAGCCAGGUAAAAUCGGUAUCAUCUCGAAAUCGGGAACCUUGACCUACGAAGCGGUUCAGCAGACCACAUUGGCUGGGUUGGGUCAAACGCUGGUUAUCGGAAUGGGAGGUGAUGCUUUCCCUGGCACAGAUUUUAUCGAUUCCUUGAAAUUGUUCAUGGAUGACCCUGCCACUGAAGGUAUCAUCAUGCUAGGUGAAAUUGGUGGCCAAGCUGAGAUUGAGGCAGCUGAGUUCCUGAAGGAGUACAACUUCUCGAAGCCAAACCCAUUACCUGUCGCCUCUUUCAUUGCCGGUAACGUUGCUGGUCAAAUGAAGGGUGUUAGAAUGGGCCAUUCCGGUGCUAUUGUAGAAGGUUCUGGUACCGAUGCCGACUCUAAGAAGAAGGCUUUGAGAGAGGCUGGCGUUGUCGUUGUCGAAUCCCCUGGCCAUUUGGGUAAGGCGCUUCUAGAUGAAUUCGCAAGAUUGAAAUAA